UUUGGGGUGGUGGGUCCAGGGUGCCCAUCUAGCGAGCUGAACCCUCCAAGUCUGGCUGGGGAAGAGGGGCACUGCGAGGACGUUCCCUGUCUGUUGCCCUCGGCCUCGGUUAAAGAGGAGUGUAUCCGGCUGGGGAGCCCGUGGGCAGACGGGAUCCGCCGUACCACGUCUCAACUAGAUGUGGUAAAGGGGACGCCCGCACCAAGCGACGCGGGAGGCGCUGAUGUUUCUUGGAAAACCUAGAUGGAAGAUGUGCGGAACCGGGAGGCCCCGAGCUCCGGCGCCCUAGUGACUACAAGAGACAGAAUGACAUGAGAGUUUGGGCUGUGUGGUACACCAGAGAACUCAUUGGUAGAACAGAUAAUCCCCAAAGAGGCGGAAGGGCAUUUGAAGAUGGCCAAAGAGGAGCCCCCAAGUGUCUCAAAAGACUUGCAGGAGCUACAGAGGAAGCUGUCUUUGCUGAUUGAGUCCUUCCAGAAUAACUCAAAGGUGGUUGCUUUUGUGAAGUCUCCUGUGGGUCUGUACCUAGACAAGCAUCCCGUCCUGGCCCUCACUGUGCUGGUGUUCGUUGCCAUGUCAGCCAUCCCUGUUGGGUUCUUCCUGUUCAUCGUGGUGCUCACCUCCCUGGGCACUCUUGUGGGCGCCAUAUUACUGGAAGGUCUGGUCAUCUCCGUGUGUGGCCUGACACUGCUUUGUGUCCUCUGUGGCUUGGGGUUCGUAUCAGUCGCCAUGUCGGGGGCAGUUACGGUGUCUUAUAUGGUGGUCUCCAGCCUCAUCCACUACUGGUUUUCUCUGAGCAGACCUUGUACACAGCAAGCCAGCAGUGUUGAUUGCCAGCUGGCCAUGAAAUCUGCAGACUUCGAAGGCCUCUACCAAGAGUGACAGGAUCACUGGAAGCAGAGGUCAUGGCUGAGCAUCUCAAGGGAGCUCUGGCGUUCGUGCUCGCUUCUUGGGAUUUGGGCUCGGAGAAAGGGGCAGUAGAAUCAGGCACUCCCUGUCAUGUGCUCCCAGCUCUCCACUUACUGUGUGUAGAAUUCUUCUGUGGCCAAGGCAGCCCUUUCCUCAGACUCCCAUUUCCUAGUUCACGGACUGGACUUGGGAAGCUUCACUCUAGAUCCUGAAGGCUAUGUCCGUGACCCCAACAGUGACAGUGGCUUGUUCUCAGAUUUUGUUUGGUUUGGUUUUGGAAUGAGAGGAGAUGUUUGUCUUCCAUUCAUUUAAACGAGAGGUUUAAAAAAAAAAAAUCCAGACAGCAUUGGCUGUUCUGCCUUACUCAUUUUGUACCAGAAAGAACAGCACCAUUCAAAAAAUCCUUUUAACCUGUGGCCAAAGGUCUUUGAAAAAGUGCCAAGGCCUAGUUACUGCUGUUACAUGCUGUUGGUCUCUAACGUAUUUGCACUUGAUACUUUCGUAUUGUUCUAAAGAACUUGUCCUUUUAAGCCAUUUCUUACAAAACAAUGCCCGAGAACUUCAAAUUAUAAUAAAAUAUCCUAUGUGAUUUCUACUUCAAUGGUU